GUGGCGGCGGCGGCGGCGGCGGCGCGGGCAGCUGGCGCCGCGCGGUCCUGCUCCGCCCGGCGCACGGACGCACCGCCGAGCCGACGGCCGGAGGGACGCGGCGCAGGCGCUGGGCCAGCGGGCCCUGAGCGCGGGCGAGAGCCGCGCUCAGCGAGUCGGGCGCUCGCGGCCGCCAGGCUCCCGAGCGGCGCCCUCCUCCCGCCGGUGCCAGAGCCGGGCCAUGGGGGGCAGCAUGCUGGCGCGCGCCGCCUGAGGACGCCGUAACACCCGCCCCCGCGAUGGGCGCCCCGGCUUGCGCCUUCGCGUUCUGCGUGGCGGUGGCAGUCGUGACCCGCGCCGCCUCCGGGCCCCCGGGCAUGGAGCAACGCGUCGUGCGGAGAGCGGCAGAGGCCCCGGGCCCUGAGCCUGGCCAGCAGGAGCUGGUCUUCGGCGCCGGGGAUGCUGUGGAGCUGAGCUGCCACCUGCCCACGGGGGCUCCCACGGGGCCCACCGUCUGGGUGAAAGACGGUGCGGGGCUGGUGCCCUCAGACCGCAUCCUGGUGGGGCCUCGGCGGCUGCAGGUGCUGAACGCCUCGCACGAGGACACGGGGGCCUACAGCUGCCGGCAGCGGCUCACCCAGCGGGUCCUGUGUCACUUCAGCGUGCGCGUGACGGAUGCUCCCGCCUCGGGGGACGACGAAGAUGGCGAGGACGAGGCCGACGACGCAGCAGGGGCCCCUUACUGGACACGGCCCGAGCGGAUGGACAAGAAGCUGCUGGCCGUGCCAGCUGCCAACACCGUCCGCUUCCGCUGCCCGGCUGCCGGCAACCCCACUCCAUCCAUCUCCUGGCUGAAGAAUGGCAAGGAGUUCCGAGGCGAGCAUCGCAUCGGGGGCAUCAAGCUGCGCCACCAGCAGUGGAGCCUGGUCAUGGAGAGCGUGGUGCCCUCCGACCGCGGCAACUACACGUGCGUCGUGGAGAACAAGUUUGGCAGCAUCCAGCAGACGUACACCCUGGACGUGCUCGAGCGCUCCCCGCACCGGCCCAUCCUGCAGGCGGGGCUGCCCGCCAACCAGACGGCCGUGCUGGGCAGCGACGUGGAGUUCCAUUGCAAGGUGUACAGCGACGCCCAGCCCCACAUCCAGUGGCUCAAGCACGUGGAGGUGAACGGCAGCAAAGUGGGGCCCGACGGCACGCCCUACGUCACCGUGCUCAAGUCGUGGAUGAGUGAGAGUGUGGAGGCCGACGCGCGCCUCCGCCUGGCCAAUGUGUCCGAGCGCGACGGGGGCGAGUACCUCUGUCGAGCCUCCAAUUUCAUAGGCGUGGCUGAGAAGGCCUUUUGGCUGCGUGUUCACGGGCCCCAAGCAGCCGAGGAGGAGCUGGUGGAGGCUGGUGAGGCUGGCAGUGUGUACGCGGGGGUCCUCAGCUACGGGCUGGGCUUUCUCCUCUUCAUCCUGGUGGUGGCCACCGUGACACUCUGCCGCCUGCGCAGCCCCCCCAAGAAGGGCCUGGGCUCGCCCACCGUACACAAGGUCUCCCGCUUCCCGCUCAAGCGACAGGUAACAGUGUCCUUGGAGUCCAGCUCGUCCAUGAGCUCCAACACGCCGCUGGUGCGCAUCGCCCGCCUGUCCUCGGGGGAGGGGCCCACCCUGGCCAACGUUUCGGAGCUCGAGCUGCCUGCCGACCCCAAGUGGGAGCUGUCCCGGGCCCGCCUGACCCUGGGCAAGCCUCUUGGGGAGGGCUGCUUCGGCCAGGUGGUCAUGGCAGAGGCCAUCGGCAUCGACAAGGACCGGGCUGCCAAGCCCGUCACGGUGGCCGUGAAGAUGCUGAAAGACGACGCCACCGACAAGGACCUGUCGGACCUGGUGUCCGAGAUGGAGAUGAUGAAGAUGAUCGGGAAACACAAGAACAUCAUCAACCUGCUGGGCGCCUGCACGCAGGGCGGGCCCCUGUACGUGCUGGUGGAGUACGCGGCCAAGGGCAACCUGCGGGAGUACCUGCGGGCGCGGCGGCCCCCGGGCACCGACUACUCCUUCGACACCUGCAGGCUGCCCGAGGAGCAGCUCACCUUCAAGGACCUGGUGUCCUGUGCCUACCAGGUGGCGCGGGGCAUGGAGUACCUGGCCUCACAGAAGUGCAUCCACAGGGACCUGGCAGCCCGCAACGUGCUGGUGACGGAGGACAACGUGAUGAAGAUCGCGGACUUCGGCCUGGCCCGCGACGUGCACAACCUCGACUACUACAAAAAGACCACCAACGGCCGGCUGCCCGUGAAGUGGAUGGCACCCGAGGCCUUGUUCGACCGCGUCUACACCCACCAGAGUGAUGUCUGGUCCUUCGGGGUUCUGCUGUGGGAGAUCUUCACGCUGGGGGGCUCGCCGUACCCCGGCAUCCCCGUGGAGGAGCUCUUCAAGCUGCUGAAGGAAGGCCACCGCAUGGACAAGCCGGCCAACUGCACACACGACCUGUACAUGAUCAUGCGGGAGUGCUGGCACGCCGCGCCCUCCCAGAGGCCCACCUUCAAGCAGCUGGUGGAGGACCUGGACCGCGUCCUCACGGUGACGUCCACCGACGAGUACCUGGACCUGUCGGUGCCCUUCGAGCAGUACUCGCCGGGCGGCCAGGACACGCCCAGCUCCAGCUCCUCAGGCGACGACUCGGUGUUUGCCCACGACCUGCUGCCUCCGGCCCCACCCAGCGGCGGGGGCUCGCGGACGUGAAGGGUCGCAGGCGGCGGGCGGGCCGAGCCCCCAUCAAUGUGAGAGCGGACCCCAGCCCACCGUGCGGCUGCCACGGGGUGACCACGCGUCCCACCGGCCAGACCCAGACGGGUCCGGGUGGGCGGACAGACGGCUUUGUGGGUGUGCGUGCACACGCGUGUGCGCAGGGGUCCCUGGGGUGCCUGCCCUGCUGGACAGUGACCUCCCGGCCACCUGUGCCAGCAGCACUGGGGACCGAAUGUAGAAUGCAAGGGGCUCCUCAGGGCAGGGAGCUGGGCCCCCCACUCCCUUUCCCCCCACUGCCGCCCCACAGGGCAUGUCGGGGUGGGCCGAGCCCCCUCCAAGUGCCCAAGCUGAGCCUACCGGUAAGGGCCCCCCGUGACACACCUCCUACCCCAGUGGCACCUGCGCCCGGGGUGCGUGAGCGGCCCCCACCUCCAGGCCUCCCCACCUCCCCGCUGCCCCUCAGAGACUGAAAUUACGGGUACCUGAAGGCAGGAGCCUUCAACUUCUAUCCGAAAGGUUUAUUUCAGAGAUGAGUGUACAUUUAUAUGCAUAGAUGCUGUGUAUAUGGUAUAUACACAUACGUAUAUAUAUAAAUACCUAUAUGGGAGGAGGACGCUGGUACAACUGAGGCGCGGGACCCUGAGGGCGCAGGCGGCGGAGGGGCUCUACUCGGGGAGGGCCCCUGGGGGUCUCACUAUGGAAACAGAUGCAGAAACCAGCAGAGGAUGGAGGGGCUUCUCUGGCACCGCGUUUGGUUGUAAAGAUUGUACCUGGACCUGUAUAUUUGUAAAGCUAUUUAUGGACCCCCCCCCCCCAGAGCCCGUGUCCCUGUUGCUCCCCGGGCUCCUAGUGCUUAGCUGGCCGUGUGGCAGAGGUUUAAGUUUUAACUUAUUAACAGUGAGAAGGUUUAUGCUUCGUUUAGGGGGGUGGCUGAGGAUGCGUCCAGCACACCAUCCGCGGCCGGAGCCGGCCCCCGGCCCCCUGAAGGGGGGAGAGUAGUUUGAGGUGAUGCCAGGGAGGCUGUUUGAUUUCCUUUGGCCUUCUUUUGCAGGAGACAUAGAUGUCUAUAGGAUUUUCUUUAGGAGAUUUAUUUUUUUGAACUUCAAAGCAAGCUGGUAUUUUCAUACAAGUUCUAAUUGCCAUGUGAUCCAGGCAGGGAGGCAGGUUCCGCGGGGGCCAGCCCUGCGUACAGGCUCAGAUGUUAUUAGAUAUUACGAGUUUAUAUAUAUCUAUAUAUAUAAUUUAUUGAGUUUUUACAAGAUGUAUUUGCUGUAGAUUUAACACUUCUUAUGCAAUGCUUCUGGACUUUUAUAGCCCGCACUACCUUUCAGAGCUUGGAAGAGAAAGCUGCAAUUUCCGUUUCAUUACUCUUUGUACCGGUAACAGCCUUGCGUUUGGACGGAUGUUUUCUGUCGCGGGCUGGGGUAGGGCUCUGUUCUCAUGGCCCCCAGCCUCGUGGGGGCCAAAGGUGUUGGCCCAAACUGGCAGACGUGCCUUCCGAAGAAAAUAAACAGACAACUGGUUCA